AUGUCAAGCAAGAAGAAACACAAACGAAAACACAGCGACAGCGAUGAAGACGACGACGUUUUCUACUACCGCUACUGCGCUUCGUCCUCAACCCCAACACCACCACCGGCACCACAUCCAGUAAUCAAACCCAAUCAAAACCGAACAACAAAGGAUCAUUACUCCCUAACAAACUCCGAUCUCCAUACGCUCUUCUCUACUUUCGGCCGCAUCGCGCGUGUAACCGUUCUCAAAGACCGUCACACGCGCCUAAGCCGCGGUGUCGCGUUUGUCCAAUUCGUUUCUCGUAAUGACGCCCAACGUGCCUUGGCGGAGAUGAAUAAGAAGAUUCUCAAUGGAAGGACUCUAACUGCUUCUAUUGCUGCUGAUAAUGGACGGGGGCAUGGUCAUUUAUCGUAUGAGUGUCCUAAGAAUCAGUUGGGGCCGAGGCCGCGGCCUCAGCCUAAGAAGCCGCGACGGGGAUUUAGUGGGCUGAGGGAUAGGGAUGGGGAGGAGGAAGGUGAUGAGGAGGAGGAGGAGGGUGGUCAGAUUGCUGCGGAGCAGUUUGACGAUAAUUGGGCUUCUGUUGUGGAUGAUGAAGCGGGUGAAAGGUUGCUGGGGAGAAACAGAAAUGAUGAUGAGGGUUUGGACAACAACAAGACGAAGAAGAAAGGGAAGAAAGCUGGGUAUUUCAGUGAUGAGAGUGAUCAUGAUGAUGAUGAUUGA